AUAUUCUGAAAUUGUGGAAUCUUAUCGCGCAUGCACUGAACUGCUCUGCUGGUCAGCUGCGUGCUCGACUCCGCUACUUUUCUCAUCCUAAUCUCCAUCUGCCCCGCGCCGAAACCAAUCAGCAUCGCAAAUGGAGAAGACCCAGUCGGCUGAGACUCCUGAAAUUGGCGGAAUUCGAGAGCGACCCAAGAAGGGCGACGGCUCGAUUUGUGGGUACGAGUCACUCCACCGGCUCCUCGGCGAUAAUCUCAAACCCGAAAUCUUUCAGGAAGUCAGCCGAUUACUCCAGGGGCUAAAUGGAGGCAAAGCACUCGAAUCUAUUGAUCUCCCUGAACCAGCUAUAGCUGUUUCCUUAAAGCAUGACUUUGACCUUCAGGCUUUCCACUUUAGUGCUGACAAAGAGCUGCUGAGAGAACCUCGAAUUGUCAGGGUUGGUCUAAUCCAAAACUCUAUCUCUCUUCCAACAACUGCCCCUUUUCUCGACCAGAAGAGAGCAAUUUACAAGAAAUUAGAGCCGAUGCUUGAUGCUGCAGGGGCUUCAGGAGUCAAUAUACUAUGUUUGCAGGAAGCAUGGAUGAUGCCAUUUGCCUUCUGUACACGGGAAAAGAGGUGGUGCGAGUUUGCAGAACCCAUAAAUGGAGAAUCAACACAAUUUCUUCAAGAAUUUGCUAAAAAGUAUAAUAUGGUCAUUGUGAAUCCAAUCCUUGAGAGAGAUAUUAAUCAUGGAGAGACUAUCUGGAACACUGCAGUCGUGAUUGGACAUAAUGGAAAUAUUAUUGGGAAGCAUCGGAAGAACCAUAUACCAAGAGUUGGAGAUUUUAAUGAGAGUACGUAUUAUAUGGAAGGGAAUACAGGGCAUCCUGUGUUUGAGACGGCUUUUGGGAAGAUAGGGGUUAAUGUAUGCUACGGGAGGCAUCACCCCCUGAAUUGGAUGGCUUUUGGGUUAAAUGGUGCAGAGAUUGUUUUCAAUCCUUCUGCAACCGUUGGUGAAUUGAGUGAACCAAUGUGGCCUAUUGAGGCACGAAAUGCUGCAAUUGCAAACAGCUACUUUGUUGGGUCCAUAAAUCGGGUCGGAACAGAGACCUUCCCGUACCCAUUCACUUCAGGCGAUGGGAAGCCACAGCAUUCUGACUUUGGGCACUUCUACGGGUCAAGCUACUUCUCAGCACCCGAUGCUUCGUGCACUUCAUCUCUUUCACGACACAGAGACGGGCUCUUGAUCUCAGACAUGGACCUUAACCUCUGCAGACAGCUUAAGGACAAGUGGGGUUUCCGGAUGACUGCUCGAUACGAGCUGUACAAUGAGUUGCUAGGUCGGUAUCUAAGGCCCGACUUUGAGCCCCAAGUCAUCUCUGAUCCUUUGCUGCACAAGAAAUGUUGAAGUAAUCAUGGAAGGAACAUGUGUGGCUUGUGUGAUGAACAAACCGUGGGAUGAAUAAUUAAUGGCGGAAAUAAGUCUCUCUUGUAAUAGCAGGCUUUUGCGUACCAUCUCAAUAUAUAAAAUUAGCAUCAUGUAUUCGGACGUUUCGAAUGGGACCUGGACUGAUAGGAUAGUUCAUUCCUCUAA